AGUCCACCUCCUCCUCUCUGGUCGCACGCAUCGCCGCCGUCUCGCUCCCCUCGCCUCCGCUUCUCCGCUCCACGGCGCCGGCGCGGGUUCCUCGGCGGCAGAGCAGACCAGCCCCACGCUUCCCCUCCCCCAGGCGACCGGUUUCCUCCAUGGGCGACUUGCUCCGGUAGUUUUCUUAGGGUUUCCGCGGGGCCGCCGCUGGGUGGCACAAAAUCUGCAAUGCAUUGGUGUAGGCUAUGGCGAGCCGCUUCCUCUCACGUCAAAGCCUGAGAAAGUUGGCCUCGUUCUCGCUCCUCAAUCUGUCCCCGAGGGCACCGACCUCGCCUUCCCCUCAAGCUCUCAGACCUGCUGUUGCUCCGUCUGGAAAAUGCUUAAAUCCCUUUUACCUGUUCAGUCCUCCAUGGAUGGUCAGAUGGGCUAGCCAUAGCUCGGUCCAUCUUGUUCUGUCCGAUGAUGGGAAACCCAAAUUUGAGAUUGAGGAGGUGGAACCUUCAAGAAAGAGGGGGUAUUUGACAAAGAAGCGAUUGAAGCUGCAGAGGAAGAGGGAAAAGAAGAAAAGGAAAGAGGCCAAUAAAAAUGAUCCACGGCGUAUCAGACCCAAGGGAAAGAAGAUAAAGCAGAAAUUUCCUACACCUGAAGCUCGACUCAGAUACAAGAUUGAGAAGGCCAAAUUGAAGGAAGCUAUGUUGGUUGAGAAGCUAAAGAAGUAUGAGGUUGCUAAAGCACAAGGCCCUAUGGCUAAACAGGAUGAUCUUGACGGCGAGGAAAGAUUUUAUUUGAAGAAGGUUUCGCAGAAAAAGUCAAAUUAUGUCCCUGUUGGAAGGCGAGGAGUCUUUGGUGGCGUUAUUCUAAACAUGCAUUUGCACUGGAAGAAACAUGAGACUGUGAAGGUUAUCUGCAAACCCUGCAAGCCUGGGCAAAUCCAGGAGUAUGCAAGUGAGAUAGCCAGACUGAGUGGUGGUAUCCCUAUUAAUGUUAUUGGAAAUGACACCAUAGUCUUCUACCGGGGAAGGAACUAUGUUCAGCCAGAUGUCAUGUCACCAGUUGAUACACUGUCAAAGAAAAAGGCGCUUGAAAAAUCAAAAUAUGAACAAUCACUGGAGACAGUGAGGCGUUUUAUAGCCAUAUCCGAAAAGGAGCUUGAACUUUAUUAUCGACAUGUUGCACUUUAUGGAAACCCAAAAUCCCAUAAUGUUGAUCCAGUUUGUUGUGAUGAUAGAACAGCCUCUUCUCUGAAAACAGAAGAUCUGAGUCAAGGGCACGAUGAUGUAUCUCAUAUGGGUACCAAUGGUUUCUCUGAUAUCACUGAUGCUUCUGAGCCUGAUGAAGAAGAUAAUUAUAGUGACUAUGAUGAUAAUGAUGAUGAGACUGGAGAUGCUGUAGGCACUAUUCUUUAUGAUCAUGGAGGGUUCAAGCCUUCAAGGUAACAAAGUGAUAGCAUUUGUGGCAUCAACACACUUGGCAUGCUGUUGCAAACACUUGAAAAUAAAAGGUCUUUAGCUGGAAGAAUUUAAACAAAUGCCAAGUUGACAGUACUCAACUCCAACAGAAGGAUUGCUCUGCAUUUUGUGGCCAAUAAGACACAUCUUAUGUACAUAGCUAACUGUGGUCCAUAAAGCAACGUGGGUUGGUAGAUAUUCUCAACUUCUAAAAGUAUCCGCUGGCGAGCAGUAUCAGUUUGAGCAAUGAGAGCUGUCGGCAUGAGUACCAUCACAAGAUGCAGCAUUUCAUGCAGUAAGUGCUGCCAUCUACAAUUACAUUGCCAUGUUAUCGAGUUAUCAUAGAGGUACUUGUUGGGAGUGCCAAACAGAGCACACACUUCUUCAGAGCACGGAAUAUGGCUGCAUUACUUUGGACUAAGCCAUCACCUUAUGACAUGAACCAUUCUCUUCAUUCCAUAUAUAUCUGCCAGUUCUUUAGGAUGAUGCAAAUUACUGCCUACUGAUGUACUCAAUAUUCAUACUCUGUAUAUUUGUCUUGCUGCUAACAGCUAAAUCUAUCACUUCUAUUGUGGUUUUGCAUAUACACUGACUGUGAAUACACUGCAAAUUCAGCUUCGAUCUGUCAUCUGUCACCAAAUUCAGUGAUAU